AUGUUAUUGAGCGUUUACCAAUUCCUGCUUGUUUUCGUGGAUGUGGCGGGCAAAUUCUAUGUUGUCAAAAGAACAUCGAACCGAAGAAAAGAUCUUGCUGAUAAGAACCGGAAGUUGGUGAUGGACUGCUCGGGGCAUUUACCGAUGAUGGGGGAAGAUUGGUUUAAGCGUGAAAGGUCUGGUUCGGAAGAUGUGGGAUUUCGGGAAUACGGUCCAGCAAAGAGGGCAACGGGGAAAUUGCAUUUUAAAUUGCUUUGGUAUCUAGAGUUGCACAAUGGCAUGGCUGGUCAUGAAAUGUUGAAAUGUGGACCAUCAGCUUGUAACCUUUGUGACCUUGGUAGACGGGAGCGGGUGCUUACUUACGGAGCAUUUUCUGGAUUAAGAAAGUAUGCUUUUUAG